UGAAAUUCACACUUUACAGUCGAGAGGAAGGAAACUGAGACAGAGAGCCCCGAGAUACAGCCGAUGUACGACAUAGAAAGGAUAAAUAGGAACAGUAAAGGGUAAACUGAAAAGGGAACUUGUUUUUUUUUGGAGGAGAUUGGGAUGGAUACCGAAUAAAAUAUUUGUGUUUAAGGAUUUAUAUAAUGUAACUGAGCAGGAAGAAGAAUAAUUCCCAGGAAUUUGGGAGAAACUCGCACGAGCUGCUGCCUCAUCAGUUUCAGCCUUUGGACUUUAAUAUUGGUAUUUGAACAAGGUUUCGACUCUCAAACCGGACCAUUUUCCCCAAUAAUAUAUCAAUUUCGCCAAUUACCUGAGGAAAAGAGAAAUUCAGAGUAACGAAGGAGUUUCCUAAUCAACUCUCGGGAAUCCAUUUCCGGUCAAGUUUGUAGGACAAUGGGGUUCAGCUCUGAUCUCUGGUGUCCCCAGGGACACACCAUGCUGCUACGAUUACAGGAUUCAGAGGUCCGGUUGAUGGAGACCAUGAAGAAGUGGAUGAGUUAUCGAGUGAGGAGUGACAAGGAAUACUCGGGGUUACUUCACCAAAUGUUCUCUCAAGUCGAGAAACAAGAAAGCAGCCAGCAAGCUGGAGGACUUGAUUAUAUCAGUCAGGUCAACAAGUCCUGGUCAAUGAUUGUUAAUCAGACUGAGGUUUUGAGCCGAAUGAUGCGGAAACAUUCAGAGGAUCUGAACUCUGGUCCAAUUAACAAACUAACACUGUUAAUCCGUGAUAAACAACUGCUGAAGAAGAGCUACAGUGAACAGUGGCAACAGAUUAACCAGGAGGUGAUCAAGAAUACACAGAGUGAAAUUGAGAAGCUGAAGUCGCAGUAUCGGCAACAAGCUAAAGAGAUGAAUGCAGCAAAGCGAAAGUUCCAGGAGGCCAGUAAAGACAAGGACCGGGACAGAAUGAGAGACAAGUAUGUCAAAGCUGCCAUGAAGAUGCACAUACUCCACAAUCAGUAUGUACUUGCUCUCAAAUCUGCAGAGGUCCACCACCAGCACUAUUAUCACCAAGGUUUGCCAGGACUGCUCGACAGUCUGCAAGAACUACACGAAGAGAUGGUUUAUAUUUUGAAAGAGAUUUUGCAGGAAUAUCAGGAGAUUAGCAGCCUGAUCCAGGAGGAAGUGGUGACUGUUCAUCGGGAGAUCAGUGAUGCCAUUGAGGCCAUUGACCCACACAAAGAAUAUGAGAGCUUCAUUGAGCAAAACAGGUCAGUGGCUGAGGUCCCUCCACUUGCUAGCUUUGACACUAGCCUCCUUGAGGACUUGGACAAUUUGCAGGUGGGAGAGUUGGAGCUCAACGACUUGACCAUUGAAUCAGUGCAACACAGUCUAACAUCUCUGGAGGAAGAGUUGCAAUCUCUGAAAGAAACCAUUGACAACCGACAGGCAACUAUCAGACAGAUCUCCACGGAAGUAACAGCGGAGGAGCAAUCAAGUGGCUGUAGAUCACGUGUUUACAUCUUCAGCAAGAAAUGUGCUUUGGAGGAAAGCAGACAACAGGUCCAGGUCCUUCUGUGCAACAAGGGUAGGUUGGAGGCACAGCGUCUGAUUCUGGUGCAGAAGCUGAAAGAGCUGGGAGACAAGGAGCCUCCGCCAGCCCUGCAGUUAGAGGAGGACAGAUAUUCCAACUCCUCAGUUGGGAAAGAUGGUGUCAAAGCCUCAUCCUUGGAAACACUGAAGACACAUUUCUCCGGACUAUUCAAACCCAAGUUCAGUCUCCCUCCUCUCCUGCCAAUUGUACCAGCUGUUCAGAAGCCCCUAUGUCAGCAGACCUGGUAUCAUGGUGCUAUUCCCCGCAUGGAAACUCAGCAGCUCCUGAUCAACGAAGGUGACUUCCUGGUGAGAGAAAGCCAGAACAAAGGGGAGUAUGUUCUGUCUGUGAUGUCUGCUGGACAGUGCCGCCAUUUUAUCAUUCAACAUGUAGACUCUCAGUAUCGAUUUGAUGGUGAGAGUUUUUCCACAAUCCCUCUCCUCAUUGACAACCUCGUAAAAACCAGACAACCUGUCACCAAGAAAACUGGAGCUGUACUGAUCAAACCAAUUGCUAAGGAUAAAUGGGUACUGGACCAUGAAGAUGUUCUGAUAGGGGAUCGCAUUGGUCGGGGUAACUUUGGCGAGGUGUUCAGUGGGAGGAUGAGGAAUGAUAACACUCUGGUGGCUGUGAAGAUGUGCCGUGAAAAUCUGCCUGCUGAUCAGAAGAAUAAGUUCUUGAUGGAGGCCAGAAUCUUGAAACAGUAUGAUCAUCCGAACAUUGUCAGGUUAAUAGGAGUCUGUACUCAGAAACAGCCAAUUUACAUCGUCAUGGAGCUGGUGCAAGGAGGGGAUUUCUUGACAUUUUUACGCAAUGAAGCAAAUCAUUUUAGCACAAAAGACCUGAUAAAGAUGGCAGAGAAUGCUGCUGCUGGAAUGGCCUAUUUGGAAAGCAAGCGUUGCAUCCACAGAGAUCUAGCAGCCAGGAACUGCCUGGUUUCAGAGAAAAAUGUUUUGAAAAUCAGUGAUUUUGGGAUGUCUCGUGAGGAAGAAGAUGGAGUAUAUUCCUCAACAGGAGGAAUGAAGCAAAUUCCAAUCAAGUGGACGGCGCCUGAGGCACUCAAUUACGGUCGGUUCACAACUGAGAGUGACAUCUGGAGUUAUGGGGUACUGCUAUGGGAGACAUUUAGUCUGGGUUCAACACCAUACCCAACCAUGACAAAUCAACAAACUCGAGAGGAGGUUGAACAAGGCUAUCGACUCGGUGCCCCUGAUUCUUGCCCAGAUGAGAUUUACGGUAUAAUGUGUCGCUGUUGGCAGUAUGAUCCGAAGAAGCGCCCAAAUUUCAGCACCAUUCACCAGGAGCUUGUGACUCUCAGGAAAAAAUGGAAGUGAAACUGGAAACAAUUGCUUUUGUAAAUCAUGUUCUGACUCCCAUCACUGUUAACAGAGAUAGGGAGUAACACCAUAUAUUUAAACUAUUACCUGAGGGAUGGCUAGCCUUUUUAGCUAUGUUCAUAUCCAAAGAAUGAAUUAACAAAAUAUUUCCACCAUCCAAACACCAAAACCACCAGGUAAGCAGCAUCAACAUCUCACAGGGGAUUACUAGAGACUAAUGAUCCCUUUAUGCUAACCCAAACUUUGCUUCUGAUGAAAUGCCAAUUACAGGCAUGAUAUUUUCCCAAUCUUCCAUCCCUAGUAGGAACUGGAAUGAGGCCACCCACACAACUCAAAGUGCCCUUAACAGACAAGGGGAAUAAAAAAAAACGUAAUUCAUAGGGUGUGAGCUUCACUAGCUGGGCCAGCAAUUAAUGUCCAUUCCUAAUUGCUCAUGGAGGAGGUGGUGCUAGUGGUGAGCUGCCUUCUUGAACCACUGCAGCCCAACUGGUUUAGGUAGCCAGGUGAUGCUGCUCAGGGGAGGGAGUUCCAGGACUUUGACUCAGUGACACUGAAGAAACGGCAAUAUAUAUCCGAGGAUGGUGAGUGCCUUGGAGGGGAAUUCUUAGAUUCAGUUACCAAUUAGCACUGUAUGACAGUGUCUCUCAGGGUGGAAAUUAUUAAUGAUAUCAAAUGAAAUCUCUCCACCAAUGUUUCUGUUCCCCAGCAUGUAGUCUUUACUACAAGAAGGCAAUUGGAUAUAACUUUUAAAAGGAUUUACUGUUAUUUUGGAAUAAUUUUGAAUAUUUUGGUAAUUUUCUUCCCAUUGCUUACACAUACAAAUUUUAUUCCAUUGGCCCAAGCAAAAUAGAAUCAUAGAAUUGUUACAACACUGAGGAGGUGUUCAGCCUAUUGUGUCUCGGCUGGCUCUCCAAAUGAGCAUCACACUAAAUGCCAUUCUUCUGCUUUCCUAUUAAAUGUCCUCCCUCCUGCAAUCUCAUCCAACCCACUUUUUCUACUCCCGACUGGGAGAUAUAGGCAACGAUCCCAAUCUGUUACCUCAUCCUGAUUGGUCAUAGGACUUUGCACUUUAAGGCUACUCAACUGUGAAGGUAUACCAGUCAUUCACCCCACUCUGCCCCCACUUAAGAGUGUACCGCCCCAGUCAAACUUCCCACCUGCCACUGUCCUUGGAGUAGGUCGCGCCCGGGCGCUUCCGACCAGAAGUGAGAGCCCCUCAGGGCUUGCCUCCCCGCCUCACCGGGUAAGCGAAAAAAACGAUUAGUGGUAUUUCACCGGCGGCUGAAGCCUCCCACUUAUUCUCCACCUCUCAUGUCUCUUCACAGUGCCAGACUAGAGUCAAGCUCAACAGGGUCUUCUCUCCCCGCUAAUUCUGCCAAGCCUGUCCCCUUGGCUGCGGUUUUGCUAGAUAGUAGGUAGGGACAGUGGGAAUCUCAUUCAUCCAUUCAUGCGCGUCGCUAAUUAGAUGAUGAUGCAUUUGGCUAUUAUCUCUCUCACCAUCUGAACGGAUUGUGUCCAUUUCGAGUUUUUUCUCAUUACUCGUCGACGUAAAAGACACCCUUAUCUCGCUAACCACGGCCAGAUGAUGUUAAGGGAACGGGAAUAUUCACUGUAAAGCAGAGACCAAGCGAGGAUUCAGCUAGGAUUAUUCAACUAACAAAUUACUUCUCUAGCUCAUCACCUGUUGUGUUGGCAAGUGCAGUUUUAAUUUUAUUCACCCUAACUACUCUCCACCUUUACUGUGAGCUAAAAAACAAAAACCUUUAUUACCAAAAUUAUUAUAAAAUUUAAAAUUCUAAAAUAAGUUAAAAUUCUACCUAAAAUUAACAUUAUUUAAUUAAUUUUUAAAUCGAUUGUUUUAGUAAUGUCCAAAAUAGAGAAGCUAAAAGAGUCCAUUAUGAAUCCAUAAAAAUUCUUAACAACUCGAGGGUCAGGGAUAUAACCAGGUUUGUGAUGUGUUGAGCAAAUAUCUUAUACUUUUCGAUCCUGAAAUCCUUCAUCAGGUCACUGUUCUUGUUGAACCAUUUACCUCGGGACCCCAUCACGAAUCCAUAAAAAGAAAUAUUGGUUCCUUUAAUAGAAUCCAUGAUUUCUUUCUCUAAAUGUUUACAUUUCUCCACCUUCUCCUCCCAAGCCUGCUCUGGCGAAUUUUCUUGGUUUUCCAUCCAAAUUGUGACAUCCACAACAAUAAUACGAUUGUCUUUCUUAAAUAUAAUGUGUGAUCCAGAGUUUUCCUGUAUUGUCCUUUAUACGAGGUUCAAUAUAUGUGGUCCAUCCUUUAGUUUUAACGUAUUUAAUUAGUUCCUCAGCAAUCCUAUUGUGUCUUUUAAUGCGCAUAUUUUUCACAUACAGGCACCAGCCCGAUAUGUGGGCGAUUGUCUCGAUGGCAUUGUUGCACCUCCUACAAUUCUUGGUGUUAAAGGGCGUUCCGUAUGAUAACUAUGAUCUAGUUGGGUACAAAUUUGUUUGUAAGAGGAUUGUAUUUAUUACUUUUGAUGUUUUCAUAUAAUGCAUCUUAUUUAACCAAUUAUUAGAGAUUUGAUCAUUUUUAAAAUAAUGAAUGCCUGCCGUCUGGCUAGGCAGAGCCAUUCAUUUUUGCAAUUCCACAUUUCUCCAUUUCGAAUAAUUUUUACAGCAAUACUCUUCAAUCCCCUCGAUAUCCUCAUUCUCACCAUCGUUCACUCUUCCUUCUAAUUGGCUAUUACAGAAUGGAUUCCAAAUUUCUUUCAAAAUUUUCAAAUUGCUCAAUUCCUUGUUAAACUGGAAAAGUUUGUCAUUGCCAAACCUGAUUGCAAACAAUUCUAAUGUCCAUGCUAACUGAUGUUGAAUUAUUUUGGAAUUAAUUACAGUAGCGCCUCGAUUUAUUAAUUUAAUCCGUUCUGGGACCCAGUUCGCGAACUGAAUCAAUUUUUCCCAUUGUUCAGAUAGCGUUCACAGCGCACGCUCCAAAGACGAACUGCGCAUGCAUCAAAGAUGAACUGAAUGAGAUCACGCGGGGCCUGAGAGCUUUUGCGUUCAACAAGCGCAUAGGAAAGCAGAACAAUGAAACCACGUCGUCGCACACGGGCUUUUUGC